AUGACAGAUGAUGAUCGAUGUUAUCAAGUGUGUGAAAGCGAUAGAAGAUGUGGUGUACUCUGUCUGGAACCGAAUAUGUCAUUUAUUGCCAAUUGUCAUUGUGAAUCCAAAAACUGGAAGAACGUCACUUGUGGCUGUAUCACACAGACAACUAAUGUUCAAAAUAUGACCGAUGAACAUGAACAAGAUCGUUGUCAACAAAUUGUUUUACCAACAACAACACCUCGCUGGAUGCAAAAAAGAGGCUUUCCAGCUGCCAGUAUAUUACUCUUAGUCAUUAUCGGAGCAGCUAUGAUAAUUUCACUUGUGAAAUUUGUUUUUCAUCUUUUACAUGGCGUUUCCACUUCAGUAAAUAAUAAUGAUAGAAAUAUCACACAGGUUUACAAUCUUCCGUCCACUGUACCCACGUCCUACUUCGCUGAUAUAUUAUAUAUUGAAGACAACCAGUUACAAUGUGUAGCAAAACUACACGAUUUAUCGCAACAACUUGUUAUUGAUACUCGCCAACAAGAAGAUGGUUGUGAUGACUUCAGUGUAUUUUUACUAAAGAAUAAAACAGCGGGAUGA